AAUGUAGUUCCUCCGCUAUCCCUGACGCGGGAGGAUCUCUUUUCGAAACGGUGUUCUUCUUCUCGUCGUCGCACUUUUCUUCUUAUAGUGAUUAAUGAAAUCUCGUUUUUUAAAACAUUUGUUCUAGUUUAAAAAUGAAAUUAUCGUUCAUUUCAUUUUUGGGGAAAAAAAAGUUUUAGAAAAAGGAAAACAUUUGACGAAAGGUGUUGUUGACAUUUUUGUCCAUUCUAAAAUUGUCCGUCCCUAUAAAUCAUUUUUUUGCUUUCUGAAAAGUAGAAAUAGAAAAAAACCGGUGUUUAAGUGUGGAAUAAGUUUUCUCUUCAUGUUCUUCUAAUCUAAUUAAUGGUAUAGUGUAAUUUUUCUUAACCACCGUGAAAAUUGUGAUAGUGAAAACAAUUUUAAAGACACGUUCCGUUCACGAGAAUCGAAGGUGAAAAAAAAAGUUUCCUCAAAGUCGCGAGAUCUAGAUUCAAAAACGAGAAUAAAUGAAGCUUGGAUCUGUGAAUCAAGUUACGAAUUAUUCACGUCGCGAUGAACGUUAAGAUCCGUAGUCAUAAUUGAGAUAUUCGACGGCAUGUCCCAGGUAAUUAAAAUCGUCGGCUCUCGUGAAUAUUUAAAUUAUGAGUGUCUAACUUUGAAGUUUAUGCCGGAUAACUUACUCUGAUCGAGUUGCAGGACGUCCGGAAACUCAAGAGGACAAAAAUGGAAUGAAUAAAUUGCGUCGAUUAAAGUUUAAGUGAUUAAAUAACGAAUUCAGUGACGCUAAUUAAUUCCAUUAAUUCAAGUUUUGAAAAAAAAAUUGAAAAAGCAAUGUUGCCAAAAGAUGAUGAGGGUUGAAGAAGAAAGUUUUCAAAGAAGAAAACGUGUCCAAGUGAAUUGUUCGAAAGUGAAACUAUUGGUGAAAAUUGCCAAAUUCCCUUAUUGGGAAUUAGAACAAUGAACGAAGAAACGGAGUGCAUUUGACACUUGCCCGUCGGACUUGAUCACUUGGAGAAUGCAAGACAGAUAGUGAAGCCAGAAUGCGAAUAAUAAAUUAGCGUUGGCCAAUCAAGCGAUGUCUACCUCUCUCUCCAUCCUCGUCUGUUUACUAUUUUCUUUUGGUGGUUCAACAAAUUCUCUGAGGAACUUUCGCAUGAAUUUUUUAGAAGAAUGGCCCACCCCUGGCACAGGUCCCCAUUUCGACAUCGUUAUGCCAACGAAUUUCACUGGAUUAGUGGGACAAACCGUUCAUCUUGUCUGCAAAGUAAAAAAUUUAGGAAAUCGAACGGUUUCGUGGAUAAGACAUCGAGAUAUACACUUAUUGACUGUAGGUCGAUACACCUACACAAGCGAUCAACGUUUCGAAGCACUUCACUCACCACACUCCGAAGAAUGGACCUUGAGGAUAAAAUAUCCCCAGCGCAAAGAUUCGGGAAUUUACGAGUGCCAAAUCUCCACAACUCCUCCUAUUGGUCAUCCAGUCUAUCUGACAGUAGUUGAACCGGUGACGUUAAUAGUGGGAGCUCCAGAUCUUUUCGUCAACAAAGGAAGCACCAUCAACCUAACCUGUCUCGUCAAAUAUGCCCCCGAGCCGCCUCCAAUGAUGGUUUGGAGUCAUAACAGUGAGGAAAUAAAUUUUGACUCGCCGCGCGGUGGCAUCAGCCUCGUUACGGAAAAAGGACCUGAAACAACGAGUCGCCUGAUGAUUCAGAAAGCUGUGCCAAGUGACUCGGGAAAAUAUACUUGCGGGCCAAGCAACGCCAAUCCAAGCAGCAUUAGAGUCCACGUUGUUAAUGAGGAUCAACCAGCUGCCAUGCAUCACGGUGAAGGGAGCACUUCUUACAAUAGAGAAAAUCCAGUGUGUUUUAUAAUCUUGAUAAUUACUAUAAUGUUUAUAUGAAGUCAUAAUUAAAUCCAAUUCUUAAAUUAAUUAAAACGAUCUUCAUGAUCGGGAUCGCCAAACGACAGUUGAUAUAUUAUGAAUUAAAAACAAGACAGUGUGCAGGGUAUAGCAAUUUUAUCGACAGCUCGUUCACGUAGCUCUGACCAAAAAAAAAAAUUAUUUCUAAUAUAUCAACCCGUUGUCGGUGAAUGUGUAGUUCUUUUUGUUGAAUGAUAUCAUUCAUUAUUGGUAAAAAUCGAAAAGUGUAAAUAAAUUUAUUGUAUGUACAUAUCA